AUCUUAUAAUAUCUGUCUAUACAGGUGACAGGGUGAGAACUGAAUGCCUGCAGACUCACUAGCUUCCAACGCAUUCUUUCCAAAGUGUCAGGUGUCAUGAGGUGUUCCCUGAAACGAUCACUUUUAACAGCCUUUUCUCUGUUUGUGUUGCUACUCAUCGUGAAUCUGGCUUCUUGGCACCAUGAAGAGGUUGUGAUGAACAAUGUUCAGCAGUGGGCUCAAAGAGUGGGUCUGCACCAUACUAUGUCUCACUGGACCGUUUAUAGCCUCCGAAUGUUUAUCAAUACCACCAACACGUUGAAUAUCUCUUAUGACUACCUUGCUGGUUUGCCUCCACUCCGAAAAAAGUUUCUGACUUUAGGACUCUGUUCUGUCAAGCGGAUGAGAGCGGACUAUCUCCUGGAUACCCUGACAUCCAUCUUUGAUCAAUCUUCUCAAGAAGAGCUGGAGGAAAUGGUGGUAGUGGUACAUUUAACAGAUCUAGAAUAUAAAUGGAAUUCUCAAAUGGCGUUGGAAAUUGCCAGAAAUUUUCCUCAUCAGCUCCAUCAGAGAAACCUAGUAGUUAUCCACACACCUCUUGAGUAUUACCCUCCCUUGGAAGGCCUAAAAAGGAAUUUUAAUGAUCCUGAAGAUCGGGUCCGCUUUCGAUCAAAACAGAAUGUUGAUUAUGCUUACCUCAUGAACUUUGCAUCCAACCUCUCCACCUACUACCUCAUGAUUGAGGAUGAUGUCCGUUGCACCAAACACUUCCUCACAGUAAUCAGAAGAAUUCUGGCAUCCGAGGAGGACACCUCUUGGGUCACUCUGGAAUUUUCCAAACUUGGUUACAUUGCCAAGCUCUACCAUUCUAGUGACAUCCCCCAGCUUGCUCGAUUCCUCAUGCUCUUUUACCAAGAGAUGCCUUGUGAUUGGCUUUUUGUGCAUUUCCGUCUCCUGCUUACACAAAAGGAGGAAAUUCGUGUCAGGCAAUCCCUUUUCCAGCACGUUGGUCAUUAUUCCUCCUUCCGUGGUACACCAAACAAACUGAAAGAUGAAGACUUCGAAGAGGAUUUUUCUAAAUUCCCUGACAAUCCCCCAGCAGAUAUAGUAACCAAUAUUGAAACAUUUCUGGGUCAUAUACCCCAUAAGGCUUACAGUAGAGUGAUAGGCUACUUUUGGGGUAAGGCCCCUUCUUCUGGCAAUUCCUUCACACUUAUCUUUAAACAGGCUGCCCCCAUCUUCCGCAUCCAGAUCCAUACAGGCUCUGAAGAAUACCCAGAUAGCUAUCUCCAUAAUGGGGUUGUAGCAUUGGGCACUCAUAAAUUGCAUACAUCAAGAUCACAUUGUGCUAACUAUGUCACCAUUGGGCACUUUGACAAAGGAAAUUUUGACAAGCAGAACCUAGAGAAUAGUACCACCUCUGACCCUGACUGUGUGCACAUUUUGGUAACUAACACUCAGACUGAGUCGUUGAUCAUAAAGAACAUAAGCAUCUGGAUAAAGCCUAAAUCCUGACUCCAUUUGAAUGAGCAGGAUCUCUCACAGUGUAAGAACAUUGCUUGCAGACAAGAUCCUUUCUGGAUACAAGAAUACAGGAUGCGGUGGAAGAAGUUAAUUCUGUGUUUUCAGUCCUAAUGAUGAUAUGUUUGUGAUCUAUUAUCUUACAGCAUAAGAGCCCACCAACAAUGUUUUUCAAAAGAGAGCUACAACUUGCAUUGUCUUCUGCUUGUCAGAGACUCUCCUUUUCCAAUUGAGUGUUUCCAGGGUUAUUUUGCAUCAAUCUUUUUUUCAUUCUCCCCGCAACAAUGUAGCUCUAUAUGAAAAUACAGUAAGAUAGGACAGGGGUCCCCAACCCCCAGGCUGCAGACUGGUACAGGUCCAUGGCCUGUUAGAAACCAGACCGCAUAGCUGGAGGUGAGCAACGGGCGAGCGAAACUGCACAUGCAUGUGUGAGAUCUAGGUUGUGUUCUGCAUCGCCACCCCACCCUGGUUCUUGAAAAAAUUGUCUUCCACAAAACUGGCCCCUGGUACCAAAAAGGCUGAGAAGCACUGAGAUAGGAUGCUGAAAUAAGCUCAGCUGAUAAUAUUAGGAACCAACUGUGUUUCAAGAACAACUUCCUGUGUUUCUGUUAUUCAAGCUUAGUAUCUUUAAAUGGUAGUUUGGAAAGAUGGAGGCUAAAAGUUCCUUGAAGCAUAAUGUAUAACUUUAGAUCUGUUAACUUCUAAAUCAAACUCAAGGAUGUGCUCUUUGGCUUCAGAGAUAGCUUGUUCUAGCUCCAUCACUGUUAGUACUUGAAUUGAGAAGCCACAUAAAGAAAAAAUGAUUGUGUUUGUGUUGGGGGGUUUUCAAUAAGGUUUUAAAUAUAUCUAUAAGAGUAAGUAGGGCCAAUGAGUCACUUCUACAGUUUUGCAAAUGAUAAGUCAAUAAGUGAUUCAGGUGAGUAACUAACGUUCACAGUUAGAUGAAGUAAUUUUUACAGAAGUGCAAUCUUUUUUCUAAAACCAGCACUUUAGCACUGCUGAAUAAAUAUUUUUAGAUAUUUUUUUAACAAAAUUUGUCCAGAAACACAUUUAAUGAAUUUUUCUAAUUUAAAAUUAUGAUUGCAUAAUAUGUUUUACAUAAAAUGCUGAUUGAUGAAUGUAAUUUAAACAGCUGUCACCAUAUACAAAAAUAACUAGGGUUUACUGUUAAUUUUAUACUUGUUGCAUACAGCUUUUUUUCUUUUUUUUUCUUUUCCUUUUUCUGUAUCUUGUUUGUAAUUCUUGCUUUUCUUUGUUGUUUUUCAUUAUUCUGUAAUUGGUAUUUUAUUUUUGGAAAAAUAAAAAAAAUAUUUAAAAAGAACUGUAAAAGACGUUUCAGAUUAGCAUAAACUGUGACGUUGUCAUCUGGAAUGCAAAUUUAUUCUAUGGCUCAAGUUCAAAGUGAAGCAGCAGUGUAGAUCUUUACAGCUGAGUCAACUGAUGACCAACCUUAAAUUCUAGCUAUUCUAUUGAGCACUUUCAGCUCUCCAUUUUAUUCAGCUUUUCUAAUUUUCUUUAAAACAAACACAAACACAUUUAACAACAGUUUUGAUCUCUUCAUAAGAAUUGCAAAAUCCUUGUGGAUAGAUGAAUCCAUAUUUUUAAAAACUAUUGAAGAUUUACAGGAAAUCAUUAUACACUAAAUUGAUUGUCAUUUUGACAUAUAUUCUGAAUUUUAAUUCCGGAUAUCUUUUUUAUUAUGUGAUCUGUUCAUGUUUGAAUCAAAAUACAACAAAAUAUUUAUACAGAUUAUGUUACAUGAUAACCUAAUGUAACAUGGUACAUGUUAGCUUUUUAAAGUGUAAUCUAUUAUAAAAUAUAACUAAUCCAACUAAUAUGAAUAACUAUGGAAACACUUUUGGUUAAGUUAUACUAUAUAUUCUGAUUUUUUAUUUUUUUGCCAAGUUAAUAUAAAUUAAAACUUUCUAAUCUACUGGAACAAGGUGACAUUCACCUUGUCAGAAUCUCGGAAGCAUGUUUUUUUCUUCUUGCUUUUGCAUAACUGGAAAAUUCUUAGCGUGGCCAUUGACUUCCCAUGUAGGCAAUUAACAUGAAGAUAGAUGUGUCCUAAAAUAAAAUUAAGGUUACAACAAUGUAAACUAUGCUGCUUGUAUUAACAUUUGCAAUGCAGCUUUUGCAGAGUACUGAAAAUUAGGAUUUCUAAUGGAGAAGAACUCCCUGGAAGUAGUUACAUGAUAUAUUAACUCAUAGUUUGGAUUGUACAUUUAUAGUGAUCAUAUAUCCCCUUUUGCAUAAGUAAUAUGCAGAGUGAAGGAGAAGAAUAAGAAAUAAUAUUUCAAAGAAAUUAGAUUAAAAAAAAAGUAAUAGGGUAUAUUUGAAUCUGAAUUACAGAACAUAUCUAAAGCUGAAGAGUUUGGACAAGAAAGUAGGCCUGUACAAUGCUUUUAAGACUGAACUCGAUCCCAAACAAUUGCUUCAGAGCUCAAAGGACUUCUUGUCAUCAAGUUACUAAAGCAGCCAUAUCGUUUCCCAGGCUCAUAUGGCUAUUUCUGGGAGGCUUUUGCAGCAGCAAACCCUGGAACCAGAUGUGACCACUUUUAUGAAUUGCCAAGAGAUGUUGCACCUGCAUUGUCACUCAGCUUUUCAGCAUCAAAUCUGGAUGCACAAAUGCAACUGAAAACCAUUCAUGAAAUGGGUGGAAGUUGAAAGUUCAAAAUUGUACUUUUUUCAUAUUUGAGUUUGUCAGUAAAAAAUAAAACCUCUCUAUGCAGUA